AUGAUGAGCCGAUGCACGGUGCUGCGGUUGCCGCUGCGAUUUGCGCUACUGGCAGCCGUGGUAACAGCUGCCUCCCGCUGCGACGACAAGAAGCCAUUGUCAAGUCCCGUCGCCAUCGCCGGCCUUGAGCACAAGGUCCUGCUGAACGACCUGUCGCGACCCCGGGGGGUUGUCACAGAUUCGGCCGGCAACCUGCUGGUGGUCGAACAGGGAGGCAAGGGCGUGCGGAGGGUCGUGCUGGACGACGGCGACGGAGUCGACGUCUGCGUGAAGGAGACGUCUCAGCUAAUCGACGACGCCAGCCUCAACCACGGCAUCGCGCUCUCGGCCGAUGGCACCGUCCUCUUUGCCUCGUCCUCGACCGACGUCUACGCGUACCCGUAUGAUGCCAUCACCGGCGAGGUCGGUUCCGGCAGCAAGGUCGUCACAGGCAUGGACCAAGGCGGACACGCCACACGAACGCUACUCAUCCCGCGGCACAACCCCGACCUUUUGCUGGUGUCGCGCGGUUCGGACGGAAACAUUGACGUGGAAACGACGGAUAUCGGCUCGGCCCGCAGCCAGAUCCGGACGUUUAGGAUCAGCGAACUUCUCGAAGGCUACGGUCCCAUCCCCUACUCGAACGGUGCCGUCUUGGGAUGGGGACUUCGAAACAGCGUCGGCGUUGCCGAUGACCCGUCGACGGGCAACAUAUGGUCAGUCGAAAACUCGAUUGAUAACAUGAAGCGCGGGGGCAAAGACAUUCACAACACGAACCCCGGCGAGGAGCUCAAUUUCCACGGGCGCCCCGACGACGCCGACAGCGACGUCUAUGGAAAGAACUACGGAUACCCCGCCUGCGUGGCCAUUUUCGACAGCUCCAACGUUGAAAAUUACCCCGGCGGUGCGGCCAUUGGCAAGCAGAUGGUCGGCGACCAGAUGCCGAGCAACUACACGGACACGUAUUGCCAAGAGGAAACGGUGUCGCCGUACAUUACGUUUGAGUCGCACCUCGCGCCGCUAGAUGUCGAGUUUCAGGAGGACGGGUCGGCUGCCUAUGUUUCGAUGCACGGAAGCUGGAACCGACAACCCCCAAAAGGGUAUCGCCUCAGCCGCGUGACAUUUGCCGACGGCUUCCCCGUGAAGGCCAAGGAUAGCCAGGAUGCCGAAGAGAAGAUCAUGUGGAACGCGGACGAGACGCAGUGCCCUCGAAUGUGCUUCCGGCCCGUUGGUUUGGCGCUGGAGCCGGACGGCAAGAGGCUGUUCAUGACGAGCGAUUCGACGGGGGAGCUAUUUGUGAUGACGGGGUUCCAGGCAUCGGGAUAUUCGAGAGUCAAUAACAAGAUUCAAACGAGCGGAUAG